GACGUCAGACAGGAACCAGAGGAAGGCAGCUUGACAAAUCAAGAUGGCGUCCCACGUUAAAGCAGGAAAGAGAUGUCAGAAUAAAUAAACUCAUUCGGAGAUAAGUUUGAAUUCAAGUGCCACCUCGACGAGACGUCGUUUAGAUUUCGAAAGGAGAAGCCGGAGCAAGAACAGGUGAGAGGGCUGUGUGUCUGUAUGAGAGCUGAGUAGAGUUUGAGGGGCGGUGGCAGCACGGACAGUCUGUCCGCUUCACUAACAGGCCACUGACGAGGCUAAGCGAAUUAGCACGAACCCAGGCUCUCCUCAAGACAAAUUAUCCAGGUACAAGUCGGUAAUUGCUUCAGCUCGGUCUUAUUAUUCCACCAGGACCAGCUAAUGUCGUAUUCGACACUAAUUUAUUCGCCAAACAGUGAAUGUUUGUUAAACGAGGAUCAACCAAAGAGAGUAAUAGCUUAGCUUGGUGCUAACUGACGCUUUUACAAGUUCAGCGAAAUCCAGCAAACAAAUGUUAUUUCAGAACAGAUAACCUAAUCUGUGAGCCACAUGUGACAGCUAGGAGUCUUGAAAUUCGCCAUUAAAUGCAAAUUGAACUUCAAAUGUGAAACGCGGCGUUGACUGUAGAUCUUCUCAGCUAAACAAGAUAAGAAACUACUUUUGGACCUCUGUGCUGUGCGCCGCUGAUGUGAUUGUUGAAGAUAUCACGAACGUAACACCAACCUGACUCAACCGCUCUCCCAAAUUGUAACGUUAAUUUCUAACUUUGGCGACACUCAGCGACAGGAAACAUUAACUUGUGCGGAGAAAUGAAGCCAUACUUUGUUGCUGCGUUCUGCCCUUGUUAACUGUGUGGUCACCAGUAUGUGUUGAUGGAAAUCAGAGCUCAAACAACACGCAUAGAAAGAGUCCAUUUGAUCACAAGAUACCUCCCUGAUCACAUGUGGCCUAUUAACACACAUGAUUACACAGAGAACAUUCUGGUGUCAGGGUUUGUUGAUGAAACAGGAACUGACUGAAGAGCAGAGCUCAAAAGUCAGUAAAGAAUAGGUAACCUGUGUUCAGGUUGUUGGGUCGUUAUCUGACCUAUGCCAGCAGAUCACAGUGUAUUAAAAAUCUGCAAAGAUUGGUUACUUUAUCUUUAUUUAAUAGCAAGUAAUUUUGACAAUGGAUGACUCAGUCUUGACUAUUUUAGCAACACAAGGAUAUUAUGUGAGAAAUAAUAGUUAAUAGAUUUUUUAUAUCUUUGAUAAAGUCAUUGGAUGAUUAACCUGAUCACUCAAAGCCUUACACUAUCUCUAGCAUUUUACUACUUCUACCCUCUAUUAUUACAGCCUUAAUAAUUGUGGUCAAAGGUACCUGGUCUAGCUUUGGUAAUUUGUUCCUUUUCUCACUUCCUUUAUUUCAAAACUUAAAUAUAUUAUAUUGUUAAUUAUGUUUGCUGGACCUGGUAAUCUCUGGGUGUGAGCUAGAUAAUGAAACUGUUUCAAAGUGGACAGACUACACAGACUAAGCAAUUUUCCCCUGGGGAUUAUUAAAGUAAUUCUGAUUCUGAUCUGACUCAGAGUGUCAAGCGAUGUACAGUUUGAUUAUAGGUUUUCUGUUGCUAAAGCAUAUUGAUAAUGUUUUAAUAAAAAAAUAAAGACUUACCCAUCCACUAUCUCACUUCUGUUUGGUGUAUUGGCUGUGUGCAGUGCGCCUUGCAUAUUCUUUUUCUGACGUCGGUAAGCUCUGUAGAAACAGUUGAACAGUCUGAAGUCAUUGAUUAGCUCACUAAUUAUGAAAACUUUACUGAACAGAGAGCACAACAGGGAGCCAGAGACUUGAGUGCUGCUUAUAAAAGUCUAGGCAUUACUUGUGAUCUUAUCAUAAAUUAGGGAGGGAGGUAUGUAACAGACUGUUCAAUUGAAAUAAGUAAAGAGAGCUUUUUUGAUCCUAGAGGUAAAUUAAGUGGUACUAGUAAUAUAAAAAUGACAUUACAAUAGAGGAUCAAGAUAAAAUAGGUUAAGUACAAAGAAAAGGUGCUUAUUGUAAUGACAAGCAGAAGUAUGAAAAACACAAGAUGGUAGUGUUUUAGAGCUUGAGGUACUUUCACUCUGGGAUCACUCUCUGAACUGUGUGUAAGAAUCAAAUUUAUCACUUCUUCCACUUCAGCAAGUACAGAUCAAGACUUCUGUGUAGCGGAUGUGAGAACAGUGGCUUCUCUGUGUUCAUAAUGUCAGGCAUUGUGGCGCUGCCUGACCAAGAAAGGGAUUAUAUGACUUCAGUGGAAGAAUGGCUCAAAUCCAAAGGGAUAUUGGGAAUGGAAUUAAAUUGUGAAUUUGCACUCUGAAAUGAAGUGUAAUUUUUUGUAUGCAUUGAUUAAAACUGCUCUAGAAGAAACUGUAAGGUCUGUAAACAAGGCACUUAGACACUUAAACAAUUUUUUUAAAAAUAAUUUUGGGACUUGGAUCACUGGUUUGGCCCUGCGUACCUCAUGUGCAGAGGCUAUAGUCCUCAAAUGGGUGACCUGUCUUCUCUUCCAGUCUGGGCCCUCUCUCCUUGCCAUCCAUCUCUCUUUAACUCAGCAUUAUUUCUGUAUUUCUUCAACUUGAAAACAUAAAUUUCUUUGUAAAGUUCAAACCAUGAAAGUCCCUUUGUUUACCCUCCACACUCUUUACUCGUGUUUGUUUUAGGAGUUUCUAAAUGGCUGCAAGGAAGUCUGGAUCUGAUGCAUACAACAAUGGUGAGAGCCCGGUUCACAGUUCUUUCUUGUCUUAAUCCUGGACUCCACUCAUGUUCUGGUUUAAGGGUGGGGUUUGAAGGCAUGUAUACUUGCACCUGUAAUUCCUGUGUAUUCUUUAAAUACUUACUAACUCUGUUUGGCUUUCGUUUGUUUUCAGGACCCAUCAACUACCUUGAUGAUGUUCCCUUUAAAAUCAAUGACAAGUUCCGCUGCCCAGCCAAAGUAGGAUUGCCUGUUGGUUUCUGUCUGCCAGACUGUGGUUCAUUACUGGUGGACACGCAGGUUAGUCAAGUAGGGGUGUGAUCCUGGCUUUGCAUUUAGUUUAGUCUAAGUAUGUUGCUCUCAGAUUUACUCACAGCAUGUCUUAACUGUGCGGACCUAUAAUAACAUGGCACUGAUCAUUAUGAGCCCUGCCCUAAGUGCUGCUUUGUCAGUCUUUCAUUUUGGAGCAUGUGAAGUCAUACUGCGCACCAAGGAGAGGGCAGCAUUUUUAAGUCAUCUUUUGCUUAGCCUUUGGUUAUUGGAAAAUAAUCUAAUUGUGCUUUUUAUCCCUUAAUAUUGCGAUUUAAUAUGCAAUUGCUUUUUCAAGGUCCUCCUCUAUUGUAUUUUUUUUAACAAACACAAACAAUAAACCAAACUGUAUUAAGGUAAACAAUAUCAGAUUAAUUAUAGAUAAAUAGUUCUUUCUGGCAUUUAUCAUUUAACACACACACACACACAGGCUCUCUCUGCACACACAUGCACGCACCCUCAUAUACGUCAUGUUACUAAUUUAUGUACUGAUGACGAGAUGUAAUCAGUGCCCACAACACUGGAGUUGCGUCUGUUCAUGUUUCUUUGCUGCCAUCAUCGUAUUGGAUGUGUUUUCCAUCGUUAUGCAGAUGUGGUUUGAAGUUGAAGUGCUGGUUGCUGCUGUUUUAGCCAUUCAGCUAUCGUACAUGGCUUUGUGGUGUUUUUUAAGUGUUGAUAAAGGUUCGUAGUGUUACUUCCUGAGCUGCCCCUCUUUGGUACUAAACUGUCUGAAGUCGGUGAGACAGAGUGAGUGCAGCGUGAACUUCUCUCUCUACCUGCUCUGUGACCAGAUCACAUAACCAUUCAACAUCGCAGCCUUUGCUGUUUGAAAAUUGCGUUUUAUCAUAUUGCGGUGUAAUCUCAAAUGCAAUUAAUCCUUCAUCCCUAGUUGUGGUCAAGCAAAUGCUGAAAUCGUUAAGGUCGUCAAAUGUGGCUGCGCAUAAUUUGCUGUGCCUUGUUUUUUUGUUUACAGUAUAUCCAGCAGGCUCUGAAUAUGAGUUUGAAUGCAUUAGCUGUUUUAUCUGUUAAGCUGGUUGGAUAUUCUUGCAUUUUCUUGGUUCUUCUCAGUGUGUCUCUUCCUGUUAUCUUCAUCUUUCCUGUCACUUUGGUCUCAACAGUAUGACUUUUCUCUGGAGAGGCGUAGCGUGCGCUGGGGGCUUGACCUUGCCGAGGCCAGAGCAGCAGAGGCCAGGGCAGAGGAAGCAGCAGCCAAGCAGGAUGCAGAGAGCAGGGAGCGUUUGGCUCAGGCCAAGGACAUGGAUGGUGGUGGAGGCAAAAAACCACAGUCUGCUGCAGAGGACCAGGACCUUCUACCACCAGCGAUGAACCCCGUCUUGGCGGGGCUGAGCCAUAACGCCAUCCUCACUCCACUGCCUGCCCCAAGCCUUGGCCCCAGGAAAACCCAGCCCAGCACUCCCCAGCCGCACAGCCUCAAUCUGGCUGACUUUGAGCGCGAGGAGGACCCCUUCGACAAGCUCGAGCUCAAGACUUUGGACGAUAAAGAGGAGCUCAGGAGCAUCCUUCAGAGCCAGCCCCAACCUCAACCUCAACCGCAACCUCAACCUCCCCCCUCUGUAUCCCCACCAGAGGUCUCUCAGAGGGGAUCUGAGUCACGUGGCAACAGCCCAUCCCCCCCAAGCACCAACACCAGCCUCACAGCCAAACCUGGCUUUGCACAUAAACCCAAUGGGUUAGUCGCCUUGCUGGACAUGGACAGAGUUGGGCAUCCUGGGAGAACAGGGUUCGACACAGAUGAUCGACCCUGUAACAUACGCUCUCUCACUUUUCCCAAGCUCUCUGAUUCUGGUGAUCCAGAGCCAGUGAGGUACAGCCCGUUCCCUGCACCCAUUUCUGCUCCCCGACAGAAUCUACCAAAUGGAAGCCCUCCGACCAUACCCAAGACCCAAGUUAUUGUUGCCCCUGAGUCACAAAGCCACACCAAGAGUGGCGCACCAAAGCUGGUGAGCAUUUCAUUUUGUUCCACACAACAUUCAGUGUCACAUGUCGCAUGACUGUGUGACCCUCCUGUAAAACUAACUGGUCAACUGAUAACGUCUAUGUGUGCAUUCAGUGUAUGUAUUCUGUGUCUAUAUUUGACCUUUAAUAUGACAUUUUUGAUUCAAUAGCUGCUUAAAGCAUUUAAAAAACUCUUGUGUUGGGGACUGUAACCUUCUGAUCUCUAAAUUUUGACAUUUUCACUGUCAACGCAUAUCCAAAUAUUGGUCAUCAUUCACUACCACUAAUCAUUAUGGGUAUCGACCUCAUUAACAUUUACACAUUUUUAUGGUAGGCUAACCCAGGAUCAGGAACUGCUGGUCUGCCAUGUGGUGGAGCCCUGCUCAGUAUGACCCCCAGCGAGCGUCAGUGUGUGGAAACCCUUGUUGGCAUGGGUUACUCCUAUGAGGGUGUACUACGAGCCAUGCAGAGACAAGGGCAAAAUGUGGAGCAGGUGCGAUUUCCUUUCACAUCAGUGUACAAAAGAUAGAAUCUUGGUGUGUUAGCCAUCUGACAUGAUGAACAACUGGUUAUUUUCCUGCUUGUGUAACUGUGGUCAGUGGUGCUUCCAUUCUCCUUAUAGGUGAAUAAAGCCUUUGACCUUAAAUGAAACUGUUUAAUUGUACUGUUUUUUGUCCUGGGGUUUGGCAUUGGAUACAUUGAUGUAACCUGUAAAACAUUAAAAAAAAUGUUCGCAAGCAAGAUUUCCUCCAUACAAGCUGCCUUGAGAUGAUGGAUUUGCACUGGGAUUUGCUAACUUUGAUGGAAGACAAUACAUAAUAGGAAAACAAUGGAUCUACCUUAGAGACACAUUCAUUCACUUAGUUCAAACACUAUUUAAUCUCAAUUUUCCCUCAGGUAAAAUGAGAAAACCUGCAUGUAGGUUCUCUUAGGUAGGACUUGUUUGAGGUAAAUCAACAAUGGCGUAUUCAAAAGAGAAGCAUAAUAAACAUGAGUUUUUUUGUUUGUCGAAGGUGCUGGACUAUCUGUUUGUCCAUGGACGUCUCUGUGAGCGGGGCUUUGAUGCAAGUGCAGUGGAGGAAUGUUUAGAGAUGUACCAGUGUUCAGAGGAAAAGGUUUGUUCAGUUUGCUGUAAGGUAACAGUACAUCCUAUGGUGUAUGUGUCAAUAUGUGGAUAAAUCAUUGGAAGCGAGAAAACUAUUUAAUUUGUUGUUAAUGACAAUGCAAGAUUUGAUAUCGAAUUUUUUCUUUCCUUUCCAGGCCCUUCAGUUUCUUGAACUUAUGUCAAGAUUUGGUGAAAUGGGCUUUGAACGAGAUGCCAUCAAAGAAGUGCUGCUGGUUCACAACAACGAUCAGGACAAGGCUUUAGAGGACCUAAUGGCUCGAGCUGCUGCAAGCUGAGCUAAACUAACCGAUCAACUGAAGCCCAGCCCUUGGCUUGCCUCCUGCUGCCAGCCAACACAGCCCCUUUCCCUUUGCCGACCCUGUCACACCAUGCCCUGCCCUUGCCUCAGUUGUGGAAGGGACAGCUGGAGACAGUUUUUUUUUCUCUCUGUGCUAAAUUGUAUUGUGUCUCAGCACUUCUCUAAGACUGUGUGCCUAGAGUGGAGGGGGUCAAAGGGUAAAGAAACUUGAUGGUGGGGUUGUUUUUCUACAAAAUCCUUGGAUUUGGUACUUCUUUGGGUAUUUACAAGUUGGGGGGAGGGGACUUACUGGCUGUGAAGGAGAAACUAGAAGAUUUGGGCUGUGGCUUUUAAUGCUGUUCUGUUUUGCUUCCUCGUGGAAGUGUUUAUGUGACUAAAGGAGCUACAUGACUGGAUAGGAGACUGAUGACGUCCUCUGAGUGCAUCACAGACUGACCAGUUUGAACUCUUGAAACUCCCAAACGACUAAGCUGCCAUCUUCCACUGCUCAGUGCAGACCUAGUAAAUGGUGGAGGGUCGGGGCCCUGAGGAGGCUCUCUUCAAACUGAACCCACUAACAUUUAAAGUAAAAAAAAAAAAAAAAAAAAAAAAAAGUGGUUAAAAAGAUAAAAACAAAAUACAGAGGCCUGGCUGCCAGGCAGAUAACCGAGUCUCAAGAAGUGCCCUCUCUGCUCUGGUGCCCCGCGCCUAGAUUUGUUUAACUUUAUUCUUUCAUUCGUUCAUGUCUAUUUCUCUGUCUAUUUGGGCACUUUUGUCAUAUUGUUUUGAAGACACCAUUUUUUGCUUUCUGUUUUAGGAAGUGCAUAAUAGAACAUUAGUUAUUAUAACUCAGAACAUAAAGGAUACUAAUGCCCUGUAUGCUCUUUGACCUGCACUGGAAAGGCCUGUUAAAGGAGUAAGGAGGAACUGUGAAUGUUUCUCCGUAAGAAAUUACACAUAACAUCCAAAAACCCCUCAGCACUGUUGUGUCACACACUGCACAGACACAUUUCUUAAUUAUUGAGUUAUUUAAAACAGUACACUGACACUUUCUUUUAAGAAUAAAAAGUUUGUUAUAUUGUAAGAUAUGUCAACUCACAAAAGUGAUGAUUUUGAAUGGUCACAGACUUUCCUUUUGCAGCAGGAAAAGAAUGAGUGGUUGGAAAAGAAGCAAAAUGUAAGUGAGGGUUGUCUUAACAGCCACAUCACAGUGCAAUAGAGACAUUUCUUAUUGUGUGAUUGUCAGAUGGCACUUUGAGCCUCGAGAUUUUGAUGGGAGUUAUGGAAUGGUCUUGUUGCUGGAAAUUUGGUUGUAACUGAAAAAGAUUUGAGCUCAGUAAAUUCCAUCGUUCAUUCUUUGUAAUUGGAUUUCAUGCCACAAAUUUGAAUCAAACAUGACUUUGAUUUGUUGAGUUGUUGACUGGUUUUCUCAUGUGUAAUAAGGAGUGUUGGUCUUAAAUGUAGGUUUCUUGGCAUCUCAACCAUCUCAUAUGGUAAGUAAAAACAAGGUUAUGUCACCACAAUAGCAUUUUUCAACCGUUGAUUGGGUGUUGUCGUUAAUCAGAAAAUUUUAUUUUUAUAUUGUAUAUUAAUGACUCCCAAUAUCAUAAGUUCCCCGAGUUUAUACAUAAGUUUUUAAAGUGUAUCUGCUCAGUUGCACUAUGGGCAAAAAUGACAGAUUUUCCCAUAAUCUCGGUGUGUAUUUGGAUUGGGAUUGGCAUAGUAACACAUUAAGGGCUUUUGAUAGGCAAAAUGUGACUGGAAGAAUCAACAUUUUCUUAAGGCAGGUCCAGAAAUAUUUCUAUGUUCCACUACUGCAAAACUUUCAAACCCUGUUUUUGUUUUAUCACACUGCAACUAUAUUUCAAAACACACAUAGCUUAAAAUCACAACCUGAGGUCUGAGCAAAAUAAAGGGCCAAAUAAACUAUAGAGAUGAGCACAGUACAUAACCCUACAGUAAAUGAACCUCAAUUUUAGGGCAAACUCAUCAUUCAAUCCAUUUAUCCUUAUUUUUCUUUAAAAAAUAUUUUUAAAAUUUUAUGAGGAAAGUGUCCGGUGCAGGGAAACCUAAGCUGUGGAGUUCAAUUUUAAUUACCUGUCUUGUUUUUCUGUUAUAAACAGGUAUGGCAACAUUACUUUAUUGGCACAAAAAUUAUUUUAUCGCCCUAACAUACCUUGUUUGGUUUCCUUUGAAGUCACGCUGUCUCUCUUCUGACACACACUGAAAUUUGAGUGAAUCAGCAUAACAGCUUCAAGACCUGCCUUUUGUGUUACAGUCUUCUUGCUGUGUGACUUAAUCCUGGUUCUUAUUAUGUCAGCCAUCAUGUCAAAGAGUUGAUGUCACAUCCACUUUGGAGUCAUUAUAUGAUUGAAUACGGUGCAUUAAUGACUCGAACGAUCAUUUAAAUAUCUUGAUUUUAUCAAAGGUGGGUGAGUUGAGUGUUCUUUACCAAGCCUAUGAACUGUGAUUUGCAAAAUGUUUUCCUUUGAAUGAUUUGGAAAAUCAACAUGAUUAAAUGUGCACAUCUUUUCAGUGGUGAGACUGUU